AUGCUCACGGCAGUCCCAAUUGUGGACCGCCAUUCGCCGUAUCACUUACCGAUUAUCGGAACAUCUCCGGUAGAGGGGGAUGCGGCUCUUGAUUACAUUAUCGCCCUGCUACGUUCGGUGGUUCAUGCGGAGCGUGUGCCCGAGAAAACCCCGCCAAACAAAGAUGCUUACAAGGAUUGGCAAAAGAUGGAGCUUCCCGAUUCGGCUCCCGGAAAUGCACGCGUGGCUGAGGUACAGCAACUGGUACAGGCUCUAGCUCACAGACUCUGGUCUUCGGAGGAUGCCCAGCAGACGGUGCAAAAGGCCCCCGAGCCCAUGUCCAAGCCUCUCUGGCCUGAUUCUGUGUCGCGCUUGUGUGCAGAGCGAUCUGAUCCUGUUCUUCAGCUACCUCAUAUCGCGCCGAUUCUGGCCGCAGUGGCACCCACGGGGAUGGAUCCCGGUGAGAUGCUGGACUAUGCAUCGGCGGAGAGUGGUCUAAGUGCUGAGGAAGAACUCCAUUUGCUCCGCGCACAGGUGCGUGAUAUUGCGCGUGUGUGUAAAGCGGUAGCCCUAGGCGACCUGACGCAACAUAUCAUGGUUCCGGUCCAAGGUCCUGUCAUGGUGGAGCUCAAGGACAUUAUUAACCAGAUGGUGGACCGACUGAACAACUUUGCCAGCGAGGUCACCCGCGUCUCCCUUGAAGUCGGUACACAGGGCAAGCUAGGCGGCCAAGCUCAUGUCCCUGGUGUCGAGGGCACCUGGAAAGAGCUCAAGGAUGUGGUGAAUCGUCUCGCUGAAAACCUUACCAACCAAGUGCGUGGUGUAGCCUUGGUCACUAAGGCAGUGGCGAGGGGUGAUCUGUCGAAGAAAAUUGACGUGCAUGCGGGCGGUGAAAUCCUCGAGCUUAAGGUUACGAUCAAUGUCAUGGUAGAUCAACUACGGCAUUUUGCUAAUGAAGUAACACGAGUCUCACGCGAAGUCGGUUCGCAGGGCCGCCUUGGAGGUCAAGCGCAUGUGCCUGGUGUGCGGGGGGUUUGGAAGGAACUAACAGACAAUGUCAAUCGAAUGUGUCUUAACCUCACAGAACAAGUGCGCUCUAUCGGUAUGGUCACAACCGCUGUGGCUCGCGGUGAUCUGACGAAGACCAUUGAGAUUGAGGCGGAGGGUGAAAUGGCCCAGCUCAAGGAUACGGUCAACAGCAUGGUGGCCCAGUUGCGCGUGUUUGCCAGUGAAGUGGUGCGCAUGUCGCUUGAAGUCGGUACCUAUGGGCGUUUGGGUGGCCAGGCGCAUGUACCAAACGUAGAGGGUAUCUGGAAGGACCUGACGAUGAGUGUCAACAAGAUGGCUGACAACCUCACUUCGCAAGUGCGAGAGAUUGCACGUGUGACUAAAUGCGUCGCAGAGGGUGUACUUACCGAGUUUAUCACCGUUGAUGUUAAGGGUGAAAUUCUGGAGCUCAAAAAUACCGUCAACAAUAUGGUUCGCCAACUUCGCACCUUGUCUGAUGAAAUUAUCCGUGUGUCUGUGGAAGUCGGUACUGAAGGCCGACUGGGUGGUCAAGCUAAUGUCGAAGACGUCGAGGGACAGUGGCAAGUGCUGACAGAACGUGUUAAUAUGAUGGCCUCAAACCUCACGACGCAGGUGCGUUCGAUUGCGGCCGUCAAUACGGCUGUAGCGCGUGGGGAUCUUUCGAAGACCAUCAAUGUGGAAGUUCGCGGCGAGUUUCUGGAUCUGAAGCACACAGUUAAUAACAUGGUGGAAAGUCUGCGAACCUUUUCCACUGAGGUGACGCGUGUAGCUACUGAGGUCGGUACAGAAGGGCGUCUCGGUGGCCGUGCGAAUGUGCUGGGCGUCGAUGGUACUUGGAAGGACCUCACUGACUCGGUGAACACGAUGGCUGCCAACUUGACCCUGCAAGUGCGUACGAUUGCACAUGCGACUACGGCUGUGGCUCACGGUGACCUUACACAGAAAGUCACCAUCUCGGUCAGCGGUGAGAUCCUUGAUCUCGUGAAUACUAUCAACAACAUGAUUGACCAGCUCUCUUUCUUCGCUUCCGAGGUCACCCGUGUUGCGCGUGAGGUCGGCACGGAGGGUAAACUGGGAGUUCAGGCUCAAAAGAAAGACAUCCAAGGUACAUGGGGUGAGAUUACGGACAAUGUGAAUAUCAUGGCCAACAAUUUGACAUCUCAAGUGCGUGCCUUUGCCCAGAUUACUGCCGCGGCUACCGAUGGUGACUUUUCCCGCUUUGUGACCGUUGAGGCUAGCGGUGAGAUGGACUCCCUCAAGACGAAAAUUAACCAGAUGGUGUACAGUUUGCGCGACAGUAUUCAGAAGAACACCGCCGCCCGUGAGGCAGCCGAGCUGGCCAACCGAUCGAAGUCGGAGUUCCUUGCCAACAUGUCGCAUGAGAUUCGUACGCCGAUGAAUGGUAUCAUUGGUAUGACAGCUCUGACUCUUGAAACGGAUCUCUCUCGUACGCAGCGCGAGAACUUGGUGACUGUGUCUACAUUAGCGAGCAACCUACUGGCCAUCAUCGACGACAUUUUGGAUAUUUCCAAGAUUGAAGCUGGGCGCAUGAAUAUCGAAGAGAUUCCGUUCAGUUUACGAGGUAUCUUGUUUAGCGUUCUCAAGACACUCAGUGUGCGCGCGACGCAGAAAAAACUAAAUCUUGUGUAUGAAGUGGCACCGAAUGUGCCAGACCCUUUGAUUGGUGAUGCGCUUCGUUUGAAACAGAUUAUCACGAACCUCAUUGGCAAUGCCGUCAAAUUCACCGAGAGUGGCGGGAUUGUUGCUCUGCGCUGCAAACUCAACAGUCCCCCAGGUGCAGCUGAGACUGUGCUCGAGUUUUGCGCCUCCGAUUCUGGCAUUGGGAUCAAGCAGGACAAACUGGAUAUGAUAUUUGAUACAUUCUGUCAAGCCGAUGGCUCCACGACUCGCAAAUAUGGUGGCACUGGCCUAGGUCUUUCGAUUUCUCGUCGUCUUGUCAACCUCAUGGGUGGCGACAUGUGGGUGCGUAGCCACUUUGGCAAGGGUUCCGACUUCUUCUUCACAAUGGUGGUCAAGUGCGAUAAAUUCACCAAAGAGCAAUUGACAGAACGCAUGCGGCCCUACGUGGGCCGCAAGGUAUUCUUCUUGGAUACUUUACAGGAUCAGACCAAUGUGGCAGGCAUGCUCACUGAACUAGGCCUUGUACCUAUUGUAUCUCACUCGCUUAAUGAAGCGAUUGCAAAACGUGUUUCCUUCGACCGAAUCGAUGCUAUCGUUACGGACACAUUAUCUGUUGUCACACAACUGCGUUCCAUUGAGAGGCUCCAUUACAUCCCGAUCAAUCUUAUUACUCCGACGGUGCUUUCAUUGAACUUGACCUACUGCUUGGACUACGGCAUUUCUUCCUACAUCAAUACGCCAGUGUCUCUGGAGGACUUGUAUUAUGCCCUUCUUCCCUCUCUGGAAAGUAGUGCAGCGACGCCUAGUGAAGGCGGUCAUGACGUCUCCUUUGAUAUCUUGUUGGCUGAGGACAACCUGGUCAACCAAAAGCUUGCCUGUAAAAUUCUGCAGAACCAGGGACAUCGUGUCGCUGUUGUGGACAAUGGUGAACAGGCUGUGGAGGCUAUCCAGAACCACCGCUACGAUGUAAUUUUGAUGGAUGUAAGUAUGCCCGUCAUGGGGGGCAUUGAGGCCACCAUGGCAAUUCGUGACUACGAGCGCAUGCCAUGUUGGGAGAUAAAGAAAAAUGUCUACAAGCUGGCAUGA